AUGGUUCUAUACACAUCCCUCCUCCUCGUCUGCCUCCUUGGCCACGCUGCGGCUGGCCUCGCUGGUACCAGCGACACCAGAUUGGUAUCUCGCAACCCACAAGUUUCCAAAGACGGGACCCUGACUUGUGGUACCUUCGGCUCAGCGUCCAAGCAGACCGUACCAAACCUCUUGAACGACCUGCUUCCAGGCGGCAAGAUCGCCGACAAGGUGUGGACUAUAGGCCCCAAUUCGUGCCACAGGGUGCACUGCUACGACACGAGUGGCAUCUACGUCUGCAAUGACAACUCGAAGGAGAUGAGGGUCGCGGGCCACAUGGUGGCCAAGGGCGUCAAGUGCAUCACGGACAACUGCUGCACGGUCAGCACCGUCAAUAACAACUUCUCCAAGGGCCAGUCUGGGCAGAAAUUCUACCGCGGCGCGGGCGCCAGCUUCAACAUCGUGGUCGCGUACGGCAACUGCGGCCACGAUGCCAACGUCCGGCCCGCCGACGAGCUGGGCUGGGGCGUCAACGGGGUGUGCGAUGGUGGCGUCCUCAGCCCGGAGUACGACGGCUGCGACGUGCUGUGA